AUGUCGCCCUGCCCGCCUUCGGAUGCGGCCGAGUCGCUUGCUCCGGCCGCCUUGGACAAUGCAGAGGCCUCGAGCCGCCAUCCCCGCCCAGGCUCCUACCCUCCCAUCUCUACGAUUCCGUCCACUCCCCCCGAGCGACUGGCUCUCGCCGCCGAGGCCUCCGGUGCGGGCUCGGAUGCGUCAGCCCCCAAGACGGUGCUCUAUCUUGCAUACGGGUCCAACAUGGCGGCGUCGACAUUUCUAGGAAUGCGAGGCAUCCGGCCUCUCUCGCGGAUCAACGUCUCCGUUUCCUCCCUGCGACUGAUGUUUGACCUGCGCGGAGCGCCCUAUUGGGAGCCGUGCUUUGCCAACGUUGGUUUCAGGGACUUGGCCAAGAAGCCGGCGUCGAAUGGGAGACAGGCUGAGGACGAGUGGGACGGUCGCUUGAUGGGCGUCGUUUACGAGGUGACGCUCAAGGACUGGCGGAAGAUCAUGCAGACAGAGGGUGCAGGCUCCAGCUACAAGGAGAUUGUGGUGUCGUGCAUGCCCAUCCGAAACGAGCAUCUGGCGGUCGAAAAGCCCUUCCUGGCGAGGACUCUGUAUGCGGCGCACAGCCCAGGCAGCGACGGCUCGCGGGCUUGCAACUGGUGGUCCCGAAUGACGGCCAUGACGCACCGGCCGGGCUCGGCACAAGCCAGCGCUCGAUACCUGAAGCUCCUCUCAGACGGCGCGAGAGAAAACAAUCUUCCAGACUGCUACCAGAGGUACUUGGGGUCGCUGCAGCCGUAUACCAUCACGCACUGGCAGCAGCGGGUGGGAGAGUAUGUGUUUUUGUGCACGUGGGGACCGUUGCUCAUCACCUUUCUCAAAACCACGAGCCUCUUGGCGGACGAUACUGGCAGGCUUCCUGCGCGGCUGGCGGCGGGGUUGAACUUGCUCUUCAACCUCAUGUGGAUGAGCUACGAUACCAUAUUCAAGCCCGUCUUUGGCGACGGCGAGAGGACGGGGAGCGACGGGAGCGACGGGAGCGACGGGAGAGACGGUUCCGGGUCGGAAAAGCUGUCGCUGAUGUCGAACGGCAAGGGCAGGUAG